CUUCACAAACGCAAUGCGGACCAUGGCGUCCGUUCCUCACGGGAUGUUCAAGUACAAAAUGGCUCGCUCGCACUGUGACGCUCUGCAAGUCUGUCCACCAAAGCCACCCCAACCACCAUGACCUCCGAACCUUUCACUCUCCGCUGGGGCAUCCUAGCAACCGGCGGAAUCGCAAAAACGUUCACAAAGGACCUCCUCGUCGACCCCUUAACGCGCGACGUCCACGAUAUCCGCCACGUCGUCGCCGCGGCCGCGUCUUCAACAUCAGCAUCCCGUGCCUCGGAAUUUCUGCACGAAGUCGGCGCCCCAAGUACCGCCGCUGCGUAUGGCAGCUACGCAGCCCUCGUGCGCGACCGCGAUGUGGACAUCAUCUACAUCGCGACGCCGCACUCGCACCACUACCAACACACCCGUCUCGCGCUCGAGGCAGGCAAGCACGUGCUUGUCGAAAAACCCAUCACCGUCAACGCUGCGCAGGCGCGCGCCCUGUACGCCCUGGCCAGAGAGAAAAACCGCUUCCUGAUGGAAGCCGUCUGGACGCGCUUCUUCCCCUUGACGCGUGCGGUGCAAUCCUUCAUCGCAGCCGGGCGGCUGGGCACCGUCAAGCGCGUUGUCGCGGACCUGUCGUUUUGGAACGACGUCGAGGCCGAGUUCGGCUCCGAGCAUCGCAUGGUCAACAUGCACCUUGCCGGCGGCGCGCUGCUGGACCUUGGCAUCUACAGCCUGACGUGGGUGUUCCUGGUGCUGUACCACCUGCAAGCCGCGUCGCGCGAGGGCGGGCAGACAGCGCCCGCCGUCCACGCCGCGCUGAGCAAGUACCCCGCCACGGGCUGCGACGAGAUGACGUCCGUCGUGCUGGAUUUCGCGGGCGCGCACGUUGGCACCACGGAUACGCGCACACCCACACAGUCUCUUGCGGAGACGCAGAAGCACAGUGGUAAUGGAGAUGCGCACGCCCUCGCGCUGACCAACAUCCGCGUCUCGCACGCCCCCAACGCCACGCACCCCAGCCCGGAUCCUGUGCGCAUCCAAGGCACGCUCGGCGAGAUCAGCGUCGCCGCGCCUUCAUAUCGACCAGAGUCGUACACGCUGAUUCCCGCGCAGAACGCGGCGCGCGGGAAGCCAGGCGAUUUCGAGGUCGAGACGCGCGUGUUUGAGAUCCCUGUGGGACAUGGCAUGUUUUGGGAGGCGGAUGAGUGUGCACGAUGUGUGAGAGAUGGGAAGUUGGAGAGCGAGACGAUGGGGUGGGAGGAGAGUGUUGCUGUUAUGGGGGUUAUGGAUGAGGUUAGGCGGCAGGGGGGGUUGGUAUAUCCCGAGCCGAUUGAGAGUCUGGAGUAUCCGCUGGAGGGCUUUGGGCUGUGAUGGUUGCAUUGCAGUGGUACCAUUGAUAUUGAAACAAACUAGGUGUUGGAGUACUUUGUGUGAUUUGACCAUGUGCAUUGAGCAAAACUCUGGGCUGAGAGAGGAGCUGCACUGGAAGGAGCAAGUCCUAUGAGAGCC